UCCAGAGCAAGAUGUAGCUGUGCAGUCUGCUUGUCCCUUAGCUACUUCAGAGGAGCUGGCAAAGUGGCCACCAGACCUGCCCGGGAGCCAUGGCAAAGAGUGGACUUGUGAUUUAUGUCCUGGUUAUCACCUUGCUCCUGGACCAGACCACCAGCCACCCAUCCAAAUUCAAAGCCAGGAAGCACAGCAAACGCCGCGUGAAAGAAAAGGAUGGAGACCUAAAGACUCAAGUUGAAAAGCUCUGGAGAGAAGUCAAUGCCCUGAAGGAAAUACAGGCUCUGCAGACAGUCUGUCUCCGAGGCACAAAAUUUCACAAGAAAUGCUACCUUGCUUCGGAAGGCUCGAAGCACUUCCAUGAAGCCAAUGAAGACUGUAUUUCCAAGGGAGGGACCCUGGUAAUCCCCAGAAACUCAGACGAAAUCAAUGCCCUUCGAGACUAUGGUAAAAGGAGCCUGCCGGGUGUCAAUGACUUUUGGCUAGGCAUCAAUGACCUGGUCACAGAAGGCAAGUUUGUCGAUGUCAAUGGAAUUGCCAUCUCCUUCCUCAACUGGGACCGAGCACAACCUAAUGGUGGCAAGCGGGAAAACUGUGCCCUGUUCUCCCAGUCAGCUCAGGGCAAAUGGAGUGAUGAGGUCUGUCGGAGCAGCAAGAGGUACAUAUGCGAGUUUAUCAUCCCUUAAUAGAUCCUUCUCAACUGUAUCUUCCAAGCAUGAUUUAUAGGCUAAUGGUUCUCAAGAAUAAGUUAAAUUGUCCAUAGGAAUACAAGAAUCAGCCAAUUUUGCUACCAUGUUUCAUUGUGAUUUUUCCCUUCAUGGGGCAUGAGGGAUCAGAAAAUAAUGAUCCAGCUAUGUUCACACUGUUAACGUGGCUUCUGCAAAAUGGGCUUCAAAUCCUCUUUUUCCUAGUCCCUCUCACUUGUAUAGACGAGGUCUGUAUUAAAAAUACAAUAGCCAGAAAAGCAAGCUUCUCUUGAAAGUUUAAUAUAUAUUUUGUUCAUGAGAAUUCUCUAAAUCAGAGAUUCUAGGUGCUAUAUAAUCCAAAACCUUUUUAGUCUGAUGCUCAAUGUGUUCCAUUCUAGCCUUAGUGCCUUGUUAGCCCAUUCCCUUUUCUUGGAGUUGCUACAUCGCCUGGUAGAACUUGUAUCUUGUCUACCAAGUCAGAACAUGAAUGCCUCAGAUUCUCUUUAAUUUUUUUCUUCAAGACCCCUUCCCCAUAUACUUUUUCUUUUUAAUUCCCAAUCAAGAUCUGAAAGGAAAUGAUAAGGCAGCAUAUUUGGUCAUUUUCCCCUUCCAGCAUUACAUUACCACUUCCAAUUUGAAUGGCUAACCUUAGGCAGAACAAGAGCAGCAGAUUGUAUGAAAAAAUGGAAAAAGAAAAAAUGUCUGAUUUUUCAUUGCUUUAGCAUCCUACUGUCCUUUAUGAAAUUGAAGAUGUUUAAUCUAUAUCUA